AUGGAAAAGAGAAAUCUGGACUUUGGCCAUCACAGCUUUCUGGUGGACAACGCCAACGAACGGCGCUUGCUCAACAAGGCUUUACCACCAUCCUUGUUACCCAUGAUGUCAGUGAAGCGGUUCAACUCGCCGAUCGUAUUAUUCUUUUGGAUAAAGGACAUAUUGCGCAACAGUUUCAAGUCGAUUUACCACGUCCACGUCAAAAAGGUGUAG